AUGUCACAUAAAUCUGAAGAACAAUAUAACUGGUUGUUUGAAAGCUUGAUUGACUUUGCUGAAGAGAAUGAAAUUGAUCUCUAUCCUCCUAGAAUCAUCACUGAUUUUGAAGUCGCUGCAAUAAAUGCAUCACGAUUUAUGUUUCCUGGAGUUAUAAAUAAGGCAUGUUUCUUUCAAUUGGAGCAGAACGGAUGGAAGAAGAUACAAAAAUAUGGAUUAGCAAGCAAAUACGGAAAUAAUACAUGCUUUAGUAUCAAAGUAGGAUGUUUGUUUGCUUUAGCUUUUUUACCCCCUAAAACGUAUGUUCUCGGUAAACUUAGGCAAGUAAUGAGAAAUGGUCAAGAGAUUCGUUCUGCACCUCUUUUUUCCCCCAAAAUAUGGUCAGUACAUAAGUGCUUAGAUUUAAGUGUCCCUCAAACUCAAAAUGUAGUCGAGAGAUGGCAUAAUCGGUGGGCAACGUUAGUUGGUAAUUCUCAUGUUGGUGUAUAUACAUUAAUCCAAGAAUUACAAAAGGAACAACAAAUCAUCGAAGCUCAUAUUGAUUGCAUUUUCUAUGGUGAGUGUCGUCCUAAACAAAGAAAGGGUCUAGUUGAAAGAGAAAAUAGAAUAAG